CUGGUACAGUGGGCAUUGUCUAUCUCCACCGGUGUAACUCGAUGGUUAGCUCCAGUUGCAGUUUUCUAGACGUCUGCGAGAUCCGUUCAGUCAAUGACUUAAUAACACAAGGGAACAGUAACAACAAGAAACAACGGCUUUUAUACCAUUACAACAGUACUUAACUCAGAUUUUACAAGGUAUAGAUCACCUACUUCACAUCCAUAUGAGAACAUGCGGUGUGCGGUGAAAUUGUGAUCAUUCAAGAUCACUUGUGAUUAGAAUAGGAUCUCUGCUCUAGAGAUCUCGAAGUGAAAAGGAACUUGUGCGUUUUCGCCAUGGGGAACCAACUGUGUAAAAGGAAAGGAAAUGAUGGCGAUCCGGUGGAAGUGAAGGAAAAUGCAAUGGAUAGGAUUAUGUCAAGGUUAUGUUUAAGGCCUAAUUCAUGGACGACUGACUUACAUCGCAGUAAGCAGGUCAGCAGAUCAUCCAAAUCUAAACUCUGCAAAGACAUGGAAAACGCAGACGAUAAAUCCAAAUCCAGUGAUUGGGUAGAUUGUUCUCUCGAAGUGCCCGACAAAGACUUCUCUAUCAGUUUCGACAAUUCAAAAUUAGAACCUGUGUUCAAUACCAGCGAAUCAGGAACCCCAAUUCCACCACCCAGAAAACAAAAGAAAGGAAUAAAGGAAAAAAUCGAAGCUGCAGCCAAAAGUGGUUUGCUGGCUCUGCAACCCAAAAAAUCCAUAGAAGAACCCCUUUGCGUUAAGAAAAAAAUUAAUUACAGCUGCCCAUGCCAUGACCCAAAACACAAACACAAUCUUGAAAAUAGCAGUGCAGUACAGGAGAAAAACAUUGUAAACAAAAAAGAACUGAAACUAGAGAAGUCGAAGAAAAACGACAAAGAUAAGGAGUCGAAACGAAGAAAGAAUUUGUCGGUUGUUUCUCUUCCGAAUUACAGUGACCUCAAAUUCACCGUUGCUGAUUUCAGUGAUAUUGAUGGUAUUGGUAGUGACAGUAAGCAAAUCAAAGCGUCUCAUAUUUCUUUACCGCAAGAAACAAAGGUUUUUGGGAGUAAAAGUUAUAUGGUAAGAUGCAGGAGCUUCGGCUCCCUUUUACCCCAACAGUUGCUAGAUAGACUCAAACCAGCACCAAGUGUUGUACCAAGUGCAGAAAGUGAUGAUAGCUUCGCUGCUUUAGAAGACUGGGAUUUGGACCUUAUUGAGCAUUACAAUCCUCGGGAUGCCAGUUUGCCUAGACCAAGACGAACAAAUAUUCCAAAACCAGAAAAACAUAAUUUGUCGGAUAUUGAGAAACAGAUAAUGAAGGAAGAUAUAGAAACUCUGCCAGAAGUGAAAAAUAAAUCGAUAAGUAACUCGGCUGAAACACUCCUUUUGAGUGACAAUUUAUCAACAAACAAACUUCUCAAUUCUGGUAAUACUGAUCCACCUGCAGAAACUCACUGUUUCAGUUCCUUGGAGAUAUAUGAUAGUAUUGAAGAUGCUGGAAAUGAAGUUAUUAGAAAUAUUGAUUCAAUGAAUUAUUCAGAACCCAAAACACAGCAAGAAGUAGAGUUGAUCAAUAAUAAUAUGGCCGAAACCACUAAGCGCAAAGAAGAAAGUCUUCGAAAUGCUGUCGAACAGUUUAUUGAAUCUGAAAAGAAGGACAGAAUUAUGAGCUGAUUGCUGUGAAAUGAUAACUCAUGCUGUUGGUAUCCAAUUAAUUUAUUGAAAUAGGCUAAGAUUAGAUCGAAUUGUACAGGUUUUGUAUCAUUUUAUGUUAAUAUUUUUUUAAGCUCUAUCGAUAUUAUUUGUUCAAUAACAUAUCCAUAUUUUUCAUUGUUUAGUUAUUUUAUUAUCUAAUGUUAUAUUAAUUUUCAAAUGCACACACGUCCUUAGAGUUGAUUUUGAAUUGAACGAAGAAGUAUAAUUUUGAGCUGAUUGCUGUGAAAUAUCAUGUAUCCCAUUUUUCAUAAACUGAAAUAAUUAUAAGAAGAAUUUUGAAGAG